AUGGAAGAAGUGGUGGUUGUACCUGAAUGUUCUCCAGAAUUGAAGCCCGUCGUUGGUCAGAAGUUCCAAUCACUAGAUUUUGCUUUUGUGUUUUACGAUGUAUAUGCUCGCGUUGUUGGUUUUGAUACGCGCAAACAAGGAAUGAGGAAGACGGACGGUGUUACCACUUGGUAUUAUGUUGUAUGCAAUAGGGAAGGCAGCAAGAAGUCGAACGAGGAUGACCAAUUGAAUGCACGUUCUGGUUUUUCUAUGAAAUGCAAAAGGUUAUCCAAGCGUUGUGGUUGUAAAGUGAGCAUAUCGUUCAAGUUCUUCUCCGAAGGAGGACUUCCAGGUUAUAUUAUUCAGGAGUUCAACGAGGUUCAUAACCAUUAUAUGGUUGAGUCAGAGCAUCAGCAUUUUAUGACACUGAAUCGAAAGUUGGAUGAUGUACAUCACAAAUUCAUUCUUGAUUGUUCCAAGGCUAAUAUAGGCCACACACUUACCUUUAAGGUGUUGAAGGAAAUGUUGAUGUAUUGCAUGAUUUUUGCUCCAUUCACUGGAAAAGAUAACCAUUCCAGAGCAGUUACAUUUGGAGCUGGAUUGUUAUCAAGUGAAGGCAGAGACUCAUAUUCUUGGUUGUUUGGCUGUUUUGUUCGAUGUAUGGGGGUUGCACCCAAAAUGAUUAUCACUGAUCAAGAUUGGGGGAUGAAACUUGCUGUUCAACAAGUACUUUUACAAACAAGGCACCGAUGGUGCAUGUGGCAUAUUAUGGUUAAGGCGUCAGAUAAGUUGCCCAAAUCCUUGCUUGGUAGUGAAGAUUUCAAAAAAGAGUUUAAUGCAUGUGUUUGGUCUGAUUUGUUAAAGCCUGAUGAGUUUGAUAUAAUAUGGAAUGAUAUUAUGGAACGGUAUGGAUUAGAAGACGUCCACUGA